AAAAAAAACUUUGAUUACACAUUUUUCCUGCACGGGGAAGCAUUUGCCUCUGGCUUUACCGGUAAGCGUUGGAUCCGUCAACUUACUGCGACUCUCCGGUGUACAGCCCGGACCUCUGCCCAAACAUGAUUGCGACGCAGGCAAAGCUGGUCUACCAGCUCAACAAAUAUUACAACGAGAGAUGCCAAGCGCGCAAAGCGGCCAUUGCGAAGACUAUAAGGGAGGUUUGUAAAGUGGUGUCGGAUGUCCUGAAAGAGGUGGAAGUGCAGGAGCCCCGGUUUAUCAGCUCCCUCAGUGAGAUAGAUGCACGCUAUGAGGGGAUGGAGGUCAUCUCCCCCAAUGAGUUCGAGGUGGUGCUCUACCUCAACCAAAUGGGGGUCUUCAACUUUGUGGACGACGGCUCCUUGCCCGGCUGCGCGGUGCUGAAGCUGAGCGAUGGCCGUAAAAGGAGCAUGUCGCUGUGGGUCGAGUUCAUCACCGCCUCGGGGUACCUCUCGGCCAGAAAAAUCCGCUCCAGGUUUCAGACUCUGGUGGCACAGGCCGUGGACAAAUGCAGCUACCGCGACGUGGUUAAGAUGGUAGCGGACACCAGCGAGGUCAAGCUACGGAUCAGGGAGAGGUACGUGGUGCAGAUCACCCCCGCGUUCAAGUGCACUGGGAUAUGGCCUAGGAGUGCAGCUCAGUGGCCCAUGCCCCACAUCCCCUGGCCCGGUCCUAACCGGGUCGCAGAAGUCAAAGCCGAGGGCUUCAACCUCCUCUCCAAAGAGUGCUACUCGUUGACGGGGAAGCAGAGCUCCGCAGAGAGCGACGCAUGGGUCCUGCAGUUCAGCGAGGCCGAGAACAGGCUGCUAAUGGCCGGCUGCAGGAAGAAGUGUCUGUCCAUCCUGAAGACGCUGAGGGACCGUCACCUGGAGCUACCGGGGCAGCCGCUCAACAACUACCACAUGAAGACCCUGCUGCUGUACGAGUGCGAGAAACACCCGCGAGAGACCGACUGGGACGAGUCUUGCCUCGGAGACCGGCUGAAUGGCAUCCUGCUGCAGCUCAUAUCCUGUCUGCAGUGCCGCAGAUGUCCCCACUACUUCUUGCCAAACUUGGACUUGUUUCAGGGAAAGCCUCACUCGGCCCUGGAGGCUGCUGCGAAGCAGACGUGGAGACUAGCGAGGGAAAUCCUCACCAAUGCGAAAAGUUUGGACAAAUUAUAAAAGUGAUCGGCGAGACAGAGCCCGAGAGACAUUUUGGGAUAAAACUUCAGAGAAGGACAACGAUGAUUCUCCAACUGAUUCUCCAAACAAUGUGAAAAAAAAAAAAAAUCCGUUAUAAAAUAAUGCAGCAAGCAAACCA